AUGGCGUUCCUCAUCAAGAGUAUGGUCGGAAACCCUCUGAAGAGCAUGGGCCUCGGCGGAGAGAAGGAGAAGACAGAAGAAACCACCCCGUCCGACCCAGCCGCUGCCGCGGGCAUGACGCGGGAGGAGUAUGAGGAGUACCAGAAGCAGGUAGUGGAGGAGAAGAUGCAAAGAGAUGCAUAUUUCCUGCACAGAAAAGCAGAGAGGGCAACACUGAGGACGUGUCUGCGAGAUAAGUACAGACUGCCUAAGAGUGAGCAGGACGAGAACAUGAUCCAGAUGGCGGGUGACGAUGUGGAUGUACCCGAGGAGUUGCUAAAGAUGGUGGAUGAAGAUGCUGAGGAAGAGGAGGAGAAGGACUCCAUCCUGGGCCAGAUGCAGAACCUCCAGAACAUGGACUUAGAGCAGCUGAAGGAGAAAGCUCAGGCCACACUGACCGAGAUCAAGGCUAAGGCUGAGGAGAAGUGUCUGAUAAUGUGA